AUGUCGAAAGAUAUUGCUUCCAUGAGAGAAAUACAACACAACCGACAACUCAUUAUGCAAGCUCUAAAUAAGAACACAACAAACUUUUCAAACUAUUCUAAGAUAUCUGAGUCAUUGAAAGAAGGAAACUUAAAACUGACAUUAAACCCAAUGACAGAUGAGUUUCUAUUUCAAGACAAUAAGAACCAUACUGUCUGUAUAAAUCCAACAAAAGGAACUUUAAACGAGAAACCUAUAAAUGAACUUCUUUUGAAAACGGAUGUUGACAACAAAGCUGACAAAGAAUAUGUAGACGAUGCAAUAGCAAAAGAAGAAGAAAGAGCUAACAAUGCUUAUGCAACAAAAGAACAUACUCAUCCUGAACUAGCAGACAAAACAUAUGUUGACAAUAAAAUGUCAAGUGAAGUGACAAGAGCUGAAAACGAAUAUUCUAAAAAGACUCAUACACAUUCUAUAUCUGAAAUAACAGACUUACAAGAAACCUUAAACAAUAAAAGUGCCGUUGGACAUACACAUACCAUUGCAAAUAUUACAAACUUACAAGAAACCUUAAACAGGAAAAGUGACGUUGGACAUACACAUACCAUUGCAAAUAUUACAAACUUACAAGAAACCUUAAACAGGAAAAGUGACGUUGGACAUACACAUUCUAUAUCUGAAAUAACAGACUUAAACGUUAGCCUUGAAAAUAAAGCAGAUAAAACAUAUGUCAAUGAAAUAUACCAAAGUUUGAUAGGAACAACAAAAAAUAUUGAAACUAUUGUUGGGGAUGUUUCUGUCAAUGAAGAAAAUAAAUAUUUUAGAUGGGAGUUUGUACAGUCCUUAAAAAAUGGUAUACGGUAUAAACUCAUUCCGAAAAAUAACAAUGAAAUGUAUGUAAGCUAUAUAAAGAAUAAUGGUACACAAGUUAAAGUUCCAUUAGACAACAACUGUUACUUAAACUUAUAUGGAGACGAACAAAAGAAAUAUUUAAGAGUUUAUGAAAUGGCAGAUAUGACAUUACCUAACCCAGCUCCAGCACCAUAUUAUUAUGACUA